UAACUGGAACGCCUUAACCGGAAUAAUUGUAUUAGCCUGAUACGUGAAAAUUUUUAGGAAGAAGCUGAAUUUUUUCCGAAAAAUAUGAUACAGAUCCAUCGACCUACUACCUCUAUUACUGAGGAUCAAAGACUAGAUGUCAACAGCGCGACAAAUUAAAACUGAUCACUUGAGCUUCUGUCCUUACUCUGAUGAACGGAUUUCGUUGGAUUUAGUUUGUUGUUUAGUUGUAUCGACUUUCUAUCCUUUCGUCAGCUUAACGCAAUUCAAUUCCCUUAGACGUAGCGCCUUUUUAAGUUUAGUGGUGAAGUUGAUCGAAUUAUCUGUUCCUGGUUUCAAUCUCAAGACUAAUCUUGAGAGUGUCUUGGUUUGCGGCUUGUUUUUUUGCUAAUUGUUGUCUACUGCUUUUCUUUAUAUACCACCAGACAAAAUCAAUAUUCUACUCUUCGUCAUUAUUAAGUUUUCAGAUGGACACUGAGCUAGAAAAUGUUUUGGGGAACCUUAAUGAAGUAUCAAAGCUUCUGUUGAAUAAGAGUUUUCAAGAGGUUGUUAAUUAUUUCGAUAAACUUCUGAGAUCUGAUAAGUCAAAUAGAUUGAAUUCCCUUGAAGCGCUUCUGGUAGGUGUCAGUAAACAUGAGCAGCUGUUAGAAAUAUAUGAGCAUGUUGUUGAUUUCUUAUGGUCGAAAGAGGUGGAUACUUCUAUUAGACUUAUGUUUUUUUCAUUUCUAAAUAAUAAUUUAGACUUUCUAGAAGAUUGGAAGGUUGAGCGUUUGUGCUUCCGAAUGAUUCGAAAACUAAUUUAUGUAUGCUCAGAGCCAUCCCUUUUGUUCGAUGUUCUAGCCAGGGCAUUAGUGAAGCUGGAAAACUCGAAUACUGUUUUAAUUUCAAUGGUUGAUUCACUUUGUUCUGUAGAGUGGCACAACGAAAAUAUUAUAUGCUUAUUGGAUAUUUUCAGUAAUUAUAGCUUACAACAAAAGUCCAUGGAAAAGAUACUGGAAAAAGCUCUCUCCAAAAUUACUUCAUGGGAAUUAGAUAAACGACCAAUUUUUAUACAAAGUAUCCUAUUAUUUUCUUUCCCGAGAUAUAUGGAAUUUCUAUUCUUACAACUUACAUCGCUUAUAUAUGGUAGUAGUAGUAGUUGUCCACCUGAAUCAUUUGAAGUUAUACGUGGCCAGUUAAUGAUGAAAAUAUUCUCAUUAGUUAAAGCUAAUCAACAAUUUGGAAAAACUAUUUUUGAAACUGUCAAGUGUUUGUCCAAAUCAUUAACUGGAUCGGAAUUCUAUUAUACUGUUUUAAUGACCUUACUCCCUAACCGAAGUACUCAAUCUGAAGCCACUCAAUUACUGACUACUUCUAUUUUAACGGGAUUUUCUGAUAGUCACUUGGUGUUAGAGUCGUCGUUUCUUCGUGACUUAUGCCGACUACCGGAUGAUCCUAAAGAAAUUAUCCUCAAACUUAGUGAACACUGCACUUCAAAACAAUGGGAGUUUACUGUUCAAGGAAUGAUCUUACUUGGUUUUACUCUUCUUCGAGCUGCAUGUUCAUCUUCAACCAGCUCUAUAGUUAAUAAAUCAAGUGGACGUUUGUCAAAGUCACUAUCAACUUCACCUUUUCAAACUUAUGAUACAUUAAAGUCACGUAUUUUAUGCUCUGGCUUAGAUUUACUUCUGCAUAUUUUCAAGCAUUGUCCUUGUUCACGAGAUGAAAUCAUUACAAUAAUUGCAAAUAUUAUAUGGAGUGAAUCAAGUCGAUCUAUAGCUCUGUAUGCAUUAGAUCUUCUAAGUAAUUUGGUUGCUGUAUUCCCUUUGGAGGUAGCAAUUCGAGCUAAUCGUUUAGAUUCAAUCAUUGAUUCAAUCGGUCUAAUACCAUUAUCAAUUUCAACUGCAUUAGUACACGCUUUAUUACCAUUGAUACGUGCUGGUAGUUUAUUAGAAAUAGAAAAUAAUGUCGAUAGUGAAAAAAGUGAUAAUCCGUUUAGUCAAGUUCGUAUGCGAUUAAUAAGUAAUUUGUGCAAAGCUGCUCAAUCACCAAGGAUACCUAGUCGAUGCGCAGCGGUAGCUUGUUUAAUACUUUUAUUAAAACAUUUAAAAGUGCCAGUAUCAUCAUUUCGUUCAGCGUCACAACGUUCUUCAUCAUCAAGUUCACUAUCGCAACCGUUUGUUUAUUCACAAUCUCAAGCAACACAAAGAAAUCCAUUAGUGUUAUUUAGUCAGUUACAAUCGACACAGAUUGCUCAACAAGCUGUCUUAUUGCCAUGUGAUAUUGUACAAAAUGAAGUUUUGUGCACAGAAAUAAUCAGCAUACUUCAUCGUAUUAUAUUUUCAGCAUUUUUUCGUUCUCAACCAGGUAGUCUAUUAGCAGAUCCAGAGAAUAUCGUUAAGUCUAAUAUAUACUGGGGUCUAUGCGAAGUUGUUACACGUAAUCGAGGUCUGUGUGAACCUGUAUUAAAUCUAUACUUACGCCUUCUUACUGGUUGUUUAGAGCCGAAUUUUCUGAAAACAUUGAAGCGGUCUAAUGUACAAAAUUCACUGAAUAUACCACCUACACAAAUGAAUCCGACAAAUGUUGAUUUUAUUCAUAGUCCACCAUUUAUUUUAAAUAAAUUAAUUGAUCACACUUCUGUCGGUAAUGAGAUCCUGCGUACUGAACAUCCCGAUAUUUUAAUUUGGUGUCUACAACUCAUCUUGACAUUACCAAUAUUUAAUUUAUCCUGGAAGCGGUUACAUUCUCGUGAGACUUCCAAUAGUGGAAGUGAAUUAUCACAAAUUUCUUCUGAUUUAUCCAGUGAAACUGCUAGUCAGUUUACACAAUCCACAUUAAACAAUUCCAUACAAUGCGGUCGUUUGGUUACUUAUCCUUUAUUCUCGAAAGCGGUUAAUUUACUGAUUUCCAUAUCAGACUCACUGCGCCUUUUGUCAAAAGAAGAUUUUGGACUGACAACAGAAACUGAUUUUAGCUCGUCAGCUGUUGGUAAACUAAAUCGUGAUCGUGUUCAUCUGCUUAUCAAUAUUUAUGAUGCGUGUUUAGAAUUCGAAUUGAAAGAUCCAUUAGGCUGUGGUGUAACACAUAUCAAUAGUAAUAAUAAUAUUCAAUCACAAUUUACCAAUCAAAAUUCUGCUGGUCAACCAGCGUGGAUUCGUAUUCGUCAGUUGUUCGCCAAACGUUUAGUUUUACUGAAUUUACUUAAUGGAAAACAUGGUGGGUAUGUUAUAUCUAGUCAAAACUACGGCAUCUUAUCACGUCAUGGUUCAGAUUCUCGUUGUGGUCUUCUUAUCAUGAGCUUGGUUUCACUAUCACAAGCAAAUUUGAAGAGCAUCCUUAUUGCAAGUAUCAGGUCGGACUCAGUAAAUCCAUUAGCCUGUCAUGUACUACAAACCAUUUCAAAUCGUUUAAAUCAGUUUACGCGUUGUGCUGAAGGAGACAUUCCAUGUGCGUAUCGUGAUGCGCUUAUUAGCGAGAUGGGUCCAAUUAUGAAGUGCGUGAUUCGUUUUUAUCAUUAUAAAAUAAUGCUUAGUGAAAAUCACAGUUCGCUUCCCAGUCAUACUCAGUCGACCAAUAUUACUACCACUAUUGGUAAUGCAGAAGAUAAUGAGUUAGCCAACCAAUCAGACACAUCAAAAACUCGUCCAACAUCGUCUAUGUCAACUUCAUCAACUGCUUUGCAAGUUAUCAAUAAUGUUAUGACAUUAGCAUUACACUAUUUAGGCAUUCAAAGAUUGCAUAAAUUAUGCAAAAUUAUUUAUCCCGUAACUAAUGAUCCUGAUUAUACAGAGCAAAUGUUGAAUAAUAAUUCUGACGUGCCAUGUGAUUCUGAAGAUAAUGUAGAUGAUGAAUCUUUGGAAUCUAUGAUUGCUGAGAUUACACCUGCUCAAGCUCUUUCAACUUUCAUUAAAUUAGUUAAGUCAUGGGUAACCAAAGUCUUAAAUCCAGUCGGUGCCGCUAAUUCGUCAACGCAAAAGUUAACUGCUGUUAAUUUUCCUCAUGCUAAAGAUCUAGUUAUUUUAUUACCAUUACUUGUCAAAUUAUGCCGUGCUCGUGCUUCCAUAGGUUCUGAAGUAACAAUUCCAGAUGUGAAUAAAAUCAAUCCAUAUUCAGGUUUAUCUCGUGUUUUAGCCUGGCUUUUACGAUUAAUGCGUGCUCCAAUUCCAUUACGUGGUUCGUCAGAAAUAAAUAGUACAAAUGUUCUCGCUACAUCAGCACGUGUUCAGUUAAUUAAUCAAGCUAUUUGGUUGGCUCAUCUUAUCGGUUCGAAUUCCUUGCCUCAUAAUCCACAAACUCCAGAUGCUGAAUUAGCAUUGGAUGAUUUGAUUCUUGCAUUAUCUAGUGAUUUGACCACUGUUCUGGGUAAUGUGACCGGUGUAAAGGAUAUUAGUUUAGUACCAGAUGAAAAAGAAUUAACAGUCACUUAUCCUCUGGUUACUCGUUCUUCUGCUCUAUCUAUUUUACCACUGAUUUAUUCUUCUAUAAAACAUUCAAUUCAUGAAUAUGAGUGGUUUUUAACAAACAUUUCUAUUGAUUGUGCUGGUCGUUUAGAUAUGACUGAUGGGAAAGGAUCUAAAGAUAUUGAAAAUAAAUUAGAUGGAAAUGAAAAAGAAGAAUCAUUUUGUUUACGUUUAAUUGGUCUUGGAGAAAUUUUAGCUCAACUAUUACAAACUGCAUUACCAGCCCCAAGUGUUCAUGUAGACACAUUAUUGGAAAUUGGAGCUUCAGUGUUCAAUUUACUUAGCCGUUUAACAAAAUAUUAUUUACGAAUUAUCCGACUGAAAUAUGGUCGCUUCCCAGUAAUUUUUGAACGAUUAGUUCGUGUUUAUGGUAGAGAAGUUGCUCCACGUGCAUAUGUAUUAUUUUCUUAUAUACAGAAUUCAGAAAGUGAAAAGAUUAAAGGUUUUCAAGAAAACAAAAAUUUGAAAAAGAAGUCAAACGAGAAGGAUGACUGUGAACCGAAAAAGUCAAAGUCUACUGGUGGAAUUUCUCAGGCAUUAAUUUCUCGUACUAUCAAAGAUUCUCGCCUAAUUCCACAAUUAAUAUAUGCUAUUGAACAAUAUGAACGAUUUUUAAUGCAAUUAUCGAAAAAGUCUAAAAUUAAUCUUAUGCGUAAUGUCAAAUUGAGUACAGCACGAGAUUUUCGUAUUAAUCAAGCUGCAGUGAUUGCCAGUUUAGAACAAUCUACUGCUUUGAGUCUUAGUAGUCUUAGUGAUAACAGUGAACCCGAUGAAGAUGCUGAGAAUUUAAACAAUGACGUUAUAAAUGCUAAUGAUCCGACUGAGAGAGAACAGGAAGAUACCGAUCGUAGGAGUGGUAAUGAUAAUGAUGACGAUAAGCAGCAUCGUAGUAGCCAUUAUCAAGAUGAUAAUCAUGUUCCUGGUAAUGAAAAUAAUGUGUGUGACGAUAUCGAUUCGCAUGAUGUAAUGCAUACUAAUGAUAUAGAUGAAAAUGUAGAAAAUAUUUCAUCGAAUCACCUAUCUAAAUCACGUACUACUGUAACACCUGCUUGGGGUCGUCAGGUCAAUCCAGUAUCACAACGUAGAUCAGCAUUGAAAAGAUCAUUACAAUCAACCACUAAUAAUAAUAAUGAUAGUAACCAGUUAGCAUUUGAUGCGAAAAAGCCAAAACUCUGAACAUAUUAUAUCUUUUUGGAAAUGUUGUUUGUUAAAGAAACUACAAAAUAGACAAGAUUUUUAUUGUAUGGGUUUUAGAUUUUUUUGUGUUUUUCUUCUUAUCAUUGAGAUUUAUAAAGAAAUAUGUUUUUAUUCUUUGAGCUGGUUUUAAUGAGUUAUGUGUCUUUUCAAUUAAAUGAAAUUGUCUGUUAAAGUAAAUAGUACUAUAAAGUAAUUAAU